AUGGAGAAACUUCAUGCGUCCGAUAUUAGCUGGGAUAUUCUUUUUAAUGGAUACCAUGAACCUAAUGACGAAUUUCCAGAUUUAAAUACUGAUAUUCCAAACCGCGAAUUUCCAGAGUCUCCUCUGUCUCAAACGAAGGUAAUAUGUAACCAUAUUAAUGAGAAGUCUGAAUCAAUUCUUGAUAAAACACAUCGUAAAGCUAAUAGAGGGAUAAAUAAGUUUCUUUGUCAACAUUCUGGUUAUUUGAAAAAUUUUCGGGAUAAUCAUCAAUUAAAAAUUCACGAAAGAAAACACACUGGUGAAAACCCACGUGUUUAUCCCGGAUGCGGCAAAGGAUUUUCUCAGAAAAACAACUUGGUAAUUCAUCAGAGAGGUCACGAAGCACGAAAGAAACAUACCGAUGAAAAGCCCUAUGUGUGUAAUGAUUGUAAUCUAAAGUUCAGAAGAAAAGGUUCCUUGAAGAAACAUGAGAAGACCGAAAAACAUAAACGAGCGAGCAGAUUAUGA